UUAUAAAUAUUUUUAAAAGGGACUCGUUGUGUCUUUCUUCCGAUCUUUAUUCACGCGCCUUAGUUCAAUAAAUCAAACAGAAGUUUGACUUUCCGGACACUCUCUCUAAAACCCAGGGCCACUGAAUUGCAGUAUAACUGAAUUGCAGUAUCUUGGCUGAAUUGAAACGGUAUUCCAAUCACAAAUCAUAAUCACUGAAUUGCAGUAUCUUGGCUAUCAGUGAUAACACUUACGCAGCUCUCUCAGUUUUUCAUCAUGAAGUUUGAAGUAUUCAUUUUCGCUCCAUUUCUACUCGUGACCGACACCGGACGUUAUCUUUACAAUAAAUCUUUAGAUGUCGGACAGAUACUGCAGGAAGCCCAGCACCGCUGGUUUCGGCCGGAUGAAAUCUGUGAAAUCUUGCGCAAUCAUCAAAAGUUCGGCUUGACUCCACAGCCUCCCCUCAGACCUCCAGGCGGUUCCUUGUAUCUAUUUGAUCGGAAAGUACUACCAUAUUUCUGUGAAGAUGGUCACCAGUGGAGAAAGGAGGAGGACGGUAAAGCUGUGAAAGAAAUACAUGAAAAAUUGAAGGCAGGAAGCAAUGAUGUUCUUCACUGUUACUAUGCCCAUGGGGAGGACAACGAGAACUUUCAGAGGCGAAGUUAUUGGAUGCUUGAAGAACCAAUGGAGCACAUCAUCCUUGUGCAUUAUAGAGAAGUAAAAGAGGGCUACAUAGUAGGCGCCUCCUGUCUGCAACCUGUACAUCCAGGGCUACUGCUUGAAAAUCCUCAAAGUAGUUCCGCGCCUUGCUUUGAGUCUGACCUAAUAGUUCAGGAAUCUCAUACAUCAACUCCAAGCUCAGUUGACUGGAAAGAAUAUGUGCUCUCCUCUGAACUUCAUAGUGGUCAUGCCAAAAGAAAUGAAGCGGACCCCUUGCUAGUACCUGCAGGACUUGUGGAGUCCUCGAGGGACAGCUUUCAGCUCAAUUCACGAUUUAGCUCAUUACUGUCUGGGGAGGUACUUGAGGAGAAUACCCAUAUAGCUCCACCUCAGAUUCAGAACAUUUCCAUCUCUCAGACUGUUGUUAGUCCUGAUACUGCAGUUCAAAUCAGUUCCUUAGAAGGUGGAGUCAACAGUGAUGAAGCUGGUAGCCUAAAGAAAUUUGAUAGCUAUGUAAGAUGGAUGGAUAGAGAGAAGAGUAGAGACUGUGACGAGUCAUUGAUGGCCACCAAGUCUGGCAACUAUUGGAAUACCCUUGAUACUGAUAAUGAGGGAAAGAGCUGUAAUUUGUCAAUCCAAAUGGAAUAUGAAAGAAAACGCACAGAUACUCAACUUCCAUUAGCUCCAUUCGGACAUUCAAGCUUUCAAUACCCUUUCCUGUCAAAGGACAUAAUCACUGAGAUCCUCAUAAGGCUGCCCGUGAAACUAAUUGUAAAAUUCAGAUGUGUUUCAAAAUCAUGGCGUGCAUUAAUUACUAGCCCUAAAUUUGUCAAGGACCACCUCAGAUUAGCCCUUAAAAACAAGGCCUACCACAAAGUAAUGUGGUGUCAUAGACCUCAGAUAAAAAUAGAGGAAUGUUAUCUCAGUUCUUUGUUUGACAAUUCUACCACCUUCAGCGAUGUCUCUGCAUUGCAUCCGCGCUUGGUAUCAGAUGGGUUGUACACGAGGGUCCCUGAUUCUAUAGUGGUGUUAGGUUCAGUUCAUGGCUUGAUCUGUCUUAUAGGCUCAGUUGAUGGCUGUAUUUUUCAAGGUUAUGACGACAUAGAUACAGAACGUUUAGUUGAUAUUGAGGAUUUUAAAGAAGAUCUAUUUCUAUGGAAUCCAUCAACUAGAAGGUACAAGAAAUUGCCAGAUCAUAAACCUGAUUAUUGGUUUGACACUCGAGUUUAUGGUUUAGGAUAUGAUAUGCUUCAUGACGAUUAUAAGUUCUUGGGAACAUUCCGUGGUUAUCAAAGAUUGCAUUGCUGCAAGGUCCAAUUGUAUAGUCUCAAGAGUGAUUCUUGGAAAUCUCUUGAUGAUUUACCAAGUGCAUUGAGUGGUGGGAAUCUACAAGGGGUUUCAGGUACGUUUGUUGAGGGGAGUCUACAUUGGCUGAGUUACACUACUGAUGGUCCUGAUAAGCGGUGGAACAUCAUUUCUUUUAAUUUGGCUGAUGAGAAAUGGGGGACACUGGAGAAGCCCUGCUAUGAAGAAGGAGAACUUGUGUUGUGGCUGGGGGUUAUAGGAAGUGAUCUAUCUCUUUUUGUUGAUUGUGAGGGAACUCACAUUGAUGUGUGGGUUAUGCAGAAAUAUGCAGUACAAGGAUCUUGGAAUAAAAAGUUUAUCAUCAAGUAUCCUGAUGGUGUUGGUCUAACUGGUUUUGGUCCUCUAUUCAUGCUGCCAUACUUUUUUUCGAUAACAGAUGAAAUUUUGAUGCUGUUUAAUUCAACUGCCAACAUAUAUAAUACACGUGAUGAAGUGUGGAGACCUAACCCAUAUGUUAUCAACUGGCUUGAUCACCCUACUGCAUUCAUAUAUGUUGAGAGCCUAGUAUCUCCCUUUUCUGCCAAAGGGACUGAGGCUACAAGGAAAAACCUGCUGGAUGUAGCUGCUGAUCCAACUUUACCUCACACGAUAUCUGUUAAAUGUCCUCAAAGUGACCAUAAGAAGUAGUUCUCUUUCAGGAACACAUGCCAUAUUUUAGGUUACGGACAGCCAAGGAGAUUUUAAGGUUGAUAGCAGAGUAAAAGUCCCGAACAUGCUCUGUACAGUGUUACAUAUCCUGUUUCAGCAAAGGAGUGAACUAAGUAGUUUGUUGGAAAGAAAAUUGAUGCAUUUUGCUAACAAUUUCUUUCAGGCCUGGUCUGAUUUGUCUAUUUGGUGGUUCCAAAUCCUAGCAAGCUAGUUACUGUCAGAUGACGACGUGAUUUUGUAGUUGAGAUUAAAAGUGCUUUAGUUUUUGUACUUUUAUCAUUAAAGAAAAGGCUGAGCAUGCAACUCGUUUUAGGAGCACUAAAAUGGAUUUUUUUAAUCGUGU